AUGGCAGACCUAGGAGACAAAAUAGCUGCAUCGGUUGUCGAACAUGACGAAGAAACGCAACAGCCAGUCAAAACCAGCAAGCAAGUCGACGAGGCCCAUCGCUUUAUUCAGGAACACAGUGAAAUCGAAUGGACCGCCGAAGAAGAAAGGAAACUGCUCUGGAAGAUCGAUUUACGCGUCAUCAUAAUGCUGGUGAUUGCCAAUAUCUUGACGGGCUGCGAUAGCGGAACCUACGGUAUUGCGGCGAUAUUUGGCAUGAUUCGUGAUUUAAAACUUUACACCAUCGAAAACCCCGAGACCGGGCAGCUGGACCUGACCAGAUACUCCUGGUCAAACUCAAUUCUGACAUUUGGACUCCUCUUGGGCCAAUACCCUCUCCUCCUGCUUGCGCAGAAAGUUCCGAUUGGAAACUUUGUGGGGACCAUGGUUUUGAGAUUCUUCUACGGCUUCGCAGGAGCAGGCCUUCCAGCGUGCGUCCUCUUGAGUCCAAUGUGGUGGACAACUGAAGAACAACCUCUUCGCAUCGGACUCUGGAUGACUGGCUCCUCUAUUGGAGCAAUUGUCGGCCAAUCGCUGGAUUAUGCUGCAGCUUCGAUCAAGGGAGAAUUCCACAACAGCCCAUGGAAGUGGAUGUACCUGUUACUGGGAUCCCUGACCGUCGCAUACUCUGUCAUCUUUGGUCUUUUCUUCCCAGACAAUCCCAUGAAAGCUCGCUUCCUAACCGAGCGAGAGCGCAAUAUUGCCGUGAGGCGGCUGCAAAAGAACCAGACCGGGAUUCAAACACGGAAGUUCAAACCCAAGCAGGUCUGGGAAGCGCUGACAGAUCCCCAAAUCUGGCUCCUCUGCGUGAGUACCUUCGCUUUUGCUUUCGCUACGGCUGCACUUGGCAGCUUCGGUGCCAUCGUUCUCGAAGGCUUCGGCUUCUCCGAGUUCAGAACAGUGCAGUUAUAUAUGCCUGCCUCUGGCAUUGCCAUUAUCGCAAUGCCGGCCUCCGGGUUUCGCAACGCACGCAUCAUAAUCGCCAUCGCAUUUGUGUUUCCGUCGAUUAUUGCAUAUGCCCUCCUUUGGAAGUUGCCCAGGAGUAACCAAGGAGGCCUUUUGGCCUCCCUCUAUCUUACCGUCCUCUUCUACGGCUCUCUGAUCCAGACUUUGGGACUUCUGGCGUCCAACAUUGCCGGUUACACAAAGAAAACCACCGCAAACAGCAUGAUUUUCACUGUGUCCUCAAUUGGAGGAAUCACCGGACCUUUCGCCUUCAAGGGCAGCCAAGCCGCCGAAGGGUUCCCGACGGGGAUGAUCAUCCUCAUGGUGACAAUGGCAGCGACAGAGGUCUCGUUGAUAGCUCUCCUAUUGUACUACAAGCACUUCAACCAUCGUCGCGAUCUCGCACAGGCAGCACCAGGUGCCGCAGAGGCUCUUCGGUCCGCAUUCACCAAGGAACAGGCUGCGUUCCUGGACCUUACAGAACAUCAAAACCCCUACUUCCGUUACUCCUAUUGA